AUUUACCCAUUUUCUAUGUCCUUUUUGCAAUUUUGCAGAUGGUUCUUUGGAAAAAUUCCCAGGGCAAAGGCAGAAGAGAUGCUUAUGAAGCAGCGGCAUGAUGGUGCUUUCCUCAUAAGAGAAAGUGAAAGUGCACCUGGAGACUUUUCCCUCUCAGUCAAGUUUGGAAAUGACGUACAGCAUUUUAAAGUCCUUCGUGAUGGUGCUGGCAAGUAUUUCUUGUGGGUGGUAAAGUUCAACUCUUUAAAUGAACUUGUGGAUUAUCACAGGACUACUUCAGUCUCUCGAAACCAACAGAUUUUCCUCCGUGACCUUGAACAGAUGCCACAGGAUAGUCCAACAUCUCGUCGAGGUCCCACACAACCGAUGUAUGUACAAGCACUCUUUGACUUUGAUCCUCAGGAAGAUGGUGAGCUGGGAUUUCGCCGUGGUGACUUUAUUCAGGUCAUGGAUGACGCUGAUCCAAACUGGUGGAAAGGAGGCUGCCAUGGCCAGACAGGAAUGUUCCCUCGAAACUAUGUCACUCCAGUUAACAAGAACCUCUAAAAUAACUGCACAUUACGUUCAACUACAACUUUCAUUAGAAACGAAAAACUAAAAUGGGUCUUGGAAGAGAAAUGAAUUUUAAUACUGAGAAGAGAUUUCACUGAAGUCUUGAACCUUGCUGUCAGUAUGGAACUUUUCAACUUUUAUAACUUAGAAUGCCAAAAUAUACCUUGAUUUCUUUUUUUAACAUAUUUCCACAGCAGCUUGUGUGCUUUUUCCAAGUUUCCCCUUCCGAAAAUGGUGCAUGACUUCACCUUGUGCUACAAAUAAACCUCCAUUGAUUUUCUCUAUGCAGAGGAAUGGUUAGUAAUAGAUGCUAGAAAGCAGACCAAAGGGCAGGUUUUGCUUUUCUAACAUUGAUUGUUUUUGUCCAACAGAUUUAUCUGCCCUUAACUUCUGAAUUGCUCUUUAAUAUAAUU